CCAUUGACGUCACUUUGGUAUCACAUGAACGAGAAGGGACCAAUCCAAGUGGCUCUAUCGAAGUGCUUCGGUUCUUUCACGAAGAUAGAAGAAAAAGACAGUAAAAAGGAACCAUGCCAAUGACCGUUUAAAGACCAAGAAACACGAAGAAACACGUCGCCUUUGGAUUUGUGUGUUUUCUAUCAAAGCUACGUGACUUGUAUGAGUUCAAUCUGUGGAAGAUGUUAUCUGGACUGGAGCUGGCAGAAUGGACAUGGCCCGAACAUAUUGAGUAGCUCGUUGGGGGUGCUAAACGCGGACAGGAUAGACAUUACAGUGGGAAUGGUGUGGAUAUAGGAUUAUUUGCCUAUCCAAUAACUGCUCCUUUACUUUUCCGUUUUGAAAUACCUCCUUCAAAGACUCUUUCAUGGCUUUUCUAUCAGUGGCUCCGCCGUGUCUGUUUUUCGCCCACAACACUCUUUUAACAAUUGAGGUCGUAUCGCGGUAGCUUUGCUCCCAAGGUUUACAAUCCAAUCCAAUUGGCUUUUCUUUUGAAAUAUAUAUAUUUAAACUAAUAUUAGAUAGGCCUACAUUGUUACCUAUAGGAUCUUUUUGCGACGAGUUGAAUAUGGAUUUUAACAGCAGUGGUGGGGGUAACGAGCUACAUAAUAAACAAUUCUAUCAAUCUGAGGAGAGCAAGCCUUUGCUGGGGGAGAUGUCUGCGCCGACGCCACCGGAGGGGAAUAAUAUCAAGUUAGGCGCCGGGCCGUGCAAGAGAACCCUUCUCCAUUGCAGCAGUGGGAUGCGAUAUAAACUACUACAGGAGGGGGACAUCCAGGUGUGUGUGGUCAAACAUCCUCGGACCUUCCUCAGCAAAAUUCUAACCUCAAAAUUCUUACGGAGAUGGGAACCGCACCACCUCACCUUGACAGACUGCAGCCUGGCGUCUGCGACGCCCACGGGGUACAUGGAGGCUGCCCUGUCCUACAGUACCAUAGAGGACCUGCAGUUGCUCUCCUGGGAUAAUGCCCCCAAAUAUUGUGUGCAGCUCAGCUUCCCCGGGGGCACCGUCCUCCUGCAGGCAGCCAACAGCUAUCUGCGGGACCAGUGGUUUCAUUCCCUGCAGUGGAAGAAAAAGAUCUAUAAGUACCGUAAGGUUCUGAACAACCCGAGUCGCUGGGAGGUGGUUCUGAAGGAGAUCAGAUCACUGGUGGACAUGGCCUUGACCUCUCCCCUGCAGGACGAGUCCAUUCACCAGGCCCCGCUGCAAAUCAUCUCCACCCUGCUGGCCGAGAACACCAACCUCAGCUCACAGGACCAUGAGAACAUCAUUGUGGCCAUUGCUCCUCUCCUGGAAAAGAACCACCCUCCACCGGACCUGUGUGAGUUCUUCUGCAAGCACUGUCGGGAGCGUCCGCGGUCGAUGGUUGUGAUUGAAGUGUUCACCCCUGUGGUCCAGAGAAUCCUAAAACACAACAUGGACUUUGGGAAAUGCCCCAGACUGCGUCUCUUCACUCAAGAGUACAUCUUAGCUCUAAAUGAGCUCAACGCUGGGAUGGAGGUCGUAAAGAAAUUCAUUCACAGCAUGCAUGGUCCCUCCGGGCAAUGCCCUCACCCCCGCGUCCUGCCCAACCUGGUGGCAGUGUGCCUGGCUGCCAUCUACUCCUGCUACGAGGAGUUAAUCAACAGCCGGGACAACUCCCCAAGUCUGAAGGAGAUCAGGAACGGCUGCCAGCAACAGAAUGAGCGUAAACCCCCCCUGCCCCUACGCCUACUGCGCCCAGAGCCCCCCACACCUCCACCAACAUCCCUGCUGCCCCUCUCCCCUCCCCCCUCAGCUCCCCUCUCCCCUUCUCCCACACUGCCCCUCUCUCCCCCGCCCUCCAUCGUCAACUCCAGUGAGAUCCUGGUGGAGUUGGAACGUAACAACACUGCCAACGCCAGGCGGAAGGGCCCAGGGGGAGGCGACAGUGAGCCCAACCUGAUCGACUGUCUGCUGGUCAGCCCCGCCCUCAACGCCCUGUCAAUCCAGCUGCCUGCCCAGGCCGACCGUGUGUUGGGCUGCUUCGCACUCAUCCUCAAAAUGCUGUCUGACUACGAUGACUGGAGACCAGCCCUGGCCAGUCUGCUGCAGCCCAUCCCCUUCCCCAAAGAGGCCCUUGCACAUGCCAAGUUCACAAAAGAGCUGAAAUAUGUUAUUCAGAGGUUUGCAGAAGACCCCAGACAGGAAGUCCACUCCUGUCUGCUCAGUGUGCGCUCUGGAAAGGACGGUUGGUUCCAGCUCUACAGUCCAGGGGGUGUGGCCUGUGAUGAUGAUGGGGAGCUCUUUGCCAGUAUGGUCCACAUCCUUAUGGGUUCCUGCUACAAAACGAAGAAGUUCCUCCUGUCCCUGGCUGAAAACAAGCUUGGACCCUGCAUGCUCCUGGCUCUGCGUGGGAACCAAACCAUGGUUGAGAUCCUGUGUCUGAUGCUGGAGUACAACAUCAUGGAGAACAAGGACACCCAGCUGCAGAUCAUCUCCACCCUGGAGAGCACUCCGGUGGGCCUUCACAUGUACGAGCAGCUGUGUGACAGGCAGAGGGAGCUCAAAGAGCUGCAAAGAAAAGGGGGCCCAACCCGACUUACUCUGCCCUCCAAGUCUACGGAUGCAGACCUUGCAAGGCUACUGAGCUCUGGCUCCUUUGGGAACCUGGAGAACCUGAGUCUUGCCUUUACCAACGUCACCAGUGCCUGUGCUGAACAGCUCAUCAAGCUGCCCUCUCUCAAACAGCUCAACCUGUGGUCCACCCAGUUUGGAGAUACAGGAUUGCGGUUGCUGUCUGAACACUUGGCGUGUCUGCAGGUGUUGAAUCUGUGUGAGACACCCGUGACUGAUGCCGGCCUGCUGUCCCUCAGCUCCAUGAAGAGCCUGUGCAGUUUGAACAUGAACAGCACCAAGCUCACAGCAGACACAUAUGAUGACUUAAAGGCAAAACUCCCCAAUCUGAAGGAGGUGGAUGUCCGCUACACCGAGGCCUGGUGAACACAUCCUGUAUGACAUCACUAGAACACCAACUCCCACAUCAUCGGAACACAUAGCCUCUCUUACAUCAACAAUAAGAGGAUCCUCUCCCAUCUCUAGAUGAGGACACUUUUAUCUGGAGAUGACAUCAAAACGCCACGACCUCUCUAGUAACAUGUCCAUGGAAAAUUACUAUCUUUCUAGUGACAUCAUCAAAAUACAAGGACCUGUUCUUUCUUGUGAAAUCAACAUACAAGGACCUCCUUUUUAGUGACAUCAUCAAAAUGCAAGGACCCACUUUCUUGUGACAUAAGGGACCCUCUCUUGCUCUCAUUCUCAUGUGUUGUUGCUCACUCAGUCCCUGUCCACAUCCUAUUUGCCCUCAAUAGACUCGUCAUAGAUUUCCUCUGUGUUGUGUCAUAUGUACACAGAACAAAGUUAACAAAUGGUGGAUCUUGCCCCUUUCCCCCCCUCUCCCUCUCCUGCUCUCUCUAAGGACCUUUGAGUUUAAAUUACCUCUCUUCCCUCCAUUUACUGGGAGCUAUUCUACCCUUGUCUGAUGAAGGCUGGAUAACCAGGUCACAUUCCAGUACAUUUUUUUGAUAUUGCCUCUAGUCAAUCCAAAUGUAGCUUUAAAAGACUAUUCAACUGUCAUUUUGGUCUUGUUGUUUUGUUUGGGUUCUUUCAGGUUAAGAGUCGGGCCUUUCCAGUCCUUCAUUGGGAAUGAGGUGCUACCUCAAAAAAAUAAAAGUUGCAAGACUGUGCCUAAUGCCUUGUAUAACACGUUCCCUCUCAAUCAAUUUUUAUCAACUUGAAUGAACGUAUUUUUCCAGAUAUCCAGAUAUCUCUGCUUUUAUAUAUAUAUAUAUAUAUAUAUAUAUA